AUCCCCUCCGUUAACCGCAACGUCCAUCUGUAGCGUCUGAAAUUCGCGUUCAAGUUGGUCUGAUCCACUCGGAGACUGCUCUUACAACAAUGCGUAUUCAGUAACUCGGGAUAUACAAAGUUACUAUGGAAGAUCCACAAUCUACGCUUAAAGAAGCGAAAGGUCUACACCAAAUCUUGAAGGAGUCGCUGAAAAAGAAGGAACCAUUCGAUAAGGAAACGGAUUUCCAACGGAAGAAUCUGCGACGCUGUUAUCUCAAUCUUCUCCUCCUUCAUCCCUAUGAACCAGAAUCUCAAGAUGCAGAGAACCAUCUUUGGAUGCAGACUUCCUAUGCUAUCAUAUCCGUCUACAAGCAGCGUAUCGCUACCCUUGAUCGCAUAUUGCAGAGCCAACCCCAGCAGCACCACCAACACGGUCACGGACCCGUAGAAUACCGAAAGCUCGUCCAACGUUUCCGCCAGUUCCUCGCCGAGGAGGAAAAGUUUUGGUCACAACUAGUUACUAGGUACCAGCGAUCCUUUGGACUCGAUGAAGCCAAAUCGGCGCUUGUCACUUUGGAGAUCAUUCCUGCUACCGGAACCCCCGAUAACGACGCUACACCCCCCAACGGCCGCAACCAUUUCCAGUUUCCUCGGAUGGAAUCAACCGAAUCUGUCAUACCCACGACACCUGAGGAACGCGAGGACCGUCUGUCUAUCCUCAGCAAAGCGCUUGUUUGCUUGGGUGAUAUCGCUAGGUACCGUGAGCAGUAUAACGAGGGCGGAGGGAGAAGUAAAAUCGGCCAUGACGACUUCCCUAGGCGAGGACGGAACAGGAGAGGGGGUGCCCCAGGUGGAGAGUCUCUUCCUAGGCCCAGGAAUUAUUCGAAAGCGCGACUUUGCUAUGAGCAGGCGCGUCUUCUAGUUCCUCAUGACGGCAACCCUUCGCAUCAGCUAGCCAUCCUCGCCUCUUAUCAGAAAGACUCUUUUGAGUCUUUGGCACAUUAUUAUCGCGCUCUCUGCGUCCGUCAACCCUACGACACUGCGGCUGAGAAUAUGGGCACCGUGUUGACUAAAGCGCUGGAACAAUGGAAGGUCCGCUCUAAGAAGGAGAAAGACACUGGUCCUUCUGUCGAUCCGUCUCAAGUUCCCAAGAUCAUAGUUGUGACAGCAUUUAAAGAGAAGAUUGUAAUCCUGCACGCUCUGUGGCGUCUCGGUUUGCAAAAGAUGGACUCGUUGACAAGGAAGCAAUCUAAGGAGAUCUACACUGAGCUAAUCGACCUUGUUUCCGGACGACACUUACCUGAAGACUUCAUUAUCAGAAUCUUCGUGACCGCCCAUGGUGCUUUGUGGAAGCAUCGAAUGUUCCGUGAUUCACCGGCCUCGGUAGCAACCCGUAAGGCAGCAGACUCGUCGCCCUCAUCUACAUUAUCCCCUACUGUCAUUGAAGCUCGGAUCCUCUGUCAUGUUCUCCUCCUCCACCGAGCCUUACUUGAGGUUGGAAUAGAGGAGCUGAAAGUGCCUCUAGACGAUGUUGAGCAAACUGAUCUCGCCCAACGGAUAACCGCCACUUUCCGUCGUACUCUUAAAGCAUUGAGAGUGGCGAGCAAAUGGCUACGCGCCAACUAUGCUUACGUCCUUGAGAAAGGAAAAGAAUUUCGCGACGACGCCAGCGAGAUCGCAGAGUUCUGGUCCGUCUUCGCCAAAUUUAUUAGCGCGCUCUCACAUGUGUUCCCUGUGGAUCGCUUACCGGAGUUGAAGUUUGGCUUGGAAGAAGAUGUUGAACUACAGGGAUUUUUGCCUUUGAAGAUGGCCGUUAUCAAGCGCCACACAGAGGGGGAAGAGCAAGGGCAUCCUAAUAUCGAGCAGUUGAUGAGAAUCAGUGACCUUCUCAUGGAUGCACAGUUCUUCGCAGAUGAAGAAUGCUCACCUCUGCACACUGCGGGCAUCUUGAGUUCGAAGACUUCUAUUCCUGCUUCUCUGUCAACAGGCAGUACUGUUGCAUUGGUAGACCACUUUGUGCCUUACCUCUCUGAGAGAAAGGAGGACGAAGUCAUGACCGAGGCCACUAGUGAUACAAAUGACGAUAUUAUUCACGCCGCGUUUGAACACUUGAAUGCUCAGGAACAGGAUGAAGAGGACGAAAAUGAAGAAAUGGUGCUUUAUCCCAGGCCGACACCACCUACUAUAUCUCCGGUCUCGCGUCCUACUCCCAUCACGCCUAUCAAGCCAUUGAGUCCAAUAGCUCCGCCGGCCACCUCGCCUCUGAAGAAUAGAUCACCUCUCAUCACACCCAAGACAGCUCACCCGCCCAUAACUGCACAAGAUCUGCUCCACACCUUCAUGAGUGUGCCUCGCACUGCUUCUCGUAGUAUCUCUGAAUCAAGGCCGCCUCUUCUGUUUGGUCCGGAACCUAAUCAGCCGCGAUCCAUCUGGUCAGCCGUUCAGGAUGAACCGUCUCUCCAGCCCCCAGGCCAUAAAAACCAAAGUCCUCUCAUUUCUCAUUCACAGCUAUAUGAAACGCCACCGUCUGCGCCGCAAGCGACUUGGCCCCCGCCAUUGUCAUCUUCGACACAGGUUCCACAAACAUACAUUCCUGGAUCCAUUCCAUCGGCUUCUUUCCCUUCACAGUCACAGUCCUCUUCUUUGAACCACCACCAACGGAAUUUAUCAGCCAAUGUAGGCAAUUUGCGCGCUCCGGGUCUCAGUCCUAACAUGUCCCAGCACUACGUGAGUGGGUACCCGCCACCCAUCGAGCAGCCAACUUUUGUCGGCGGAACUCAUGAGCUCUAUCCGCCCACCGCGACGGCGAUGGAUGCCGAUGUCGCUGCCUUGUAUUACCCAGCGAGUCCCACCCACCCAAUACACUCGCGACACAUGUCUCUAGACCCCAGGCAGGCAUACAUGACUCCCUCAGUAUGGGGACCAGCGGGAUAAGAUGUUACGAUAACAAUUCGCGUUUUUUUCCUUUCUAAGUAGAGAGAGAGCCUUGCUGCAGGAUUGGUCAGUUUUCCAACACCUAUAGCCAGCGCUGUAGGCCAAGAUGGUCGGCACUUUUUUUACACGGCCGGAAAUUUCCCUAACGUUGGCUAUGCUUUCGUCCAGCACCCACCGUGCACGAUGGUAGAUUAUGCACACUCUGUUAUGCGUUGCUUUUUUUCGUCGUCGGUAUGUUAUGUGUACUGCCGGUGUACCAACAUGUUAUUCUCUGUUUUCUAAGUAUGAGUUUUUUUAAAAGAAUCUUUGAAUGAAUGACAAGUGGAUUUGUUUCGUCUGGCAGCCUUCGAGCAGCU